AUGAUGAGUUCAAGCUAUUGGAAUGAGAUGAACAGCAGCAGCUGUGGGAUCCCAGAGGUGCUGCAGUGCCAGCCCCAGCAUUACCACUGCUACCAUCAGUCAAGUCAAGCCCAGCAGCCUCCAGAAAAAAAUGUAGUGUAUGAGCGAGUGAGGACCUACAGUGGACCCAUGAAUAAGGUGGUUCAAGCCUUGGAUCCCAUCGGCUCCCGGGAAGUGCUCUCCCCUCUCAAAUCUUCCUCCUCCUACCAAAAUUUGGUUUGGAGCGACCAUUCUCAGGAACUCCAUUCUCCAACUCUGAAAAUAUCUACUUGUACCCCAAGCACUCUACACAUGACCCCAAGUACUGAGCAGGAACUUCAUUCUCCAGUAGUAAAAGUCACUACAUAUCCACAGACCACUAUUAGGAGAUAUAUAGUACAAAAUCCUGAACAGGAACCACUGUCUCCAUUCGUAAGAGGAGGUCAUUUCUUCCCAGGAAACAAUGUUAUUUAUGAAAAAACAAUAAGAAAAGUGGAGAAGCUAAAUAUGGAUCAGGAAUUCUAUCCUCAAGUUCAGUGCCAUCAUCACAUUGUCCAACAGCCCCAGAUCAUCCACUCUCCGCACUGUCAACAAUCCCAUUCUAGCCAGCAAAUCCAAACUAUCACAGGAGGUGACUCAGUAUCUACAAGCAUUGGAAGUGACCUUUGCCAUGGUGAAUCAAGCCAUACACAUGAACAGGUGAUAAUUCAGGAUGAUGGCCCUGAAAAAUUGGAUCCCAAAUAUUUUGGAGAGUUACUUGCUGAUCUAAACCGCAAAAAUGCAGAUCUAUAUCACUGCCUGUUAGAACAUUUGCAGAGAAUUGGAGGAAGCAAACAAGACUUUGAGUCCACAGAUGAGUCAGAAGACAUUGAAUCCUUGAUUCCUAAUGGAUUGUCAGAGUUUACAAAACAGCAAAUUCGCUACAUUUUGCAGAUGAGGGGUAUGUCUGAUAAAUCACUCCGGCUAGUGCUGUCCACAUUCAGCAACAUACGGGAGGAGCUUGGACAUCUUCAAAAUGACUUGACAUCGCUGGAAAAUGACAAGAUAAGACUUGAAAAAGACUUGGUUUUCAAAGAAACUCAAAUAAAAGAAUAUGAAGAUCUUUUGGCAUCCGUGAGAGCAAAUAAUCGUCAGCAGCUGCAAGGACUUCAAGACUCAACUUCAAAAUGCCAAGCAUUGGAGGAAAGCAAUCUCUCUCUUCGACAUACACUAUCAGACAUAGAAUAUCGAUUAAAAGAACUGGAAUACUGUAAACAUAAUUUAGAACAAGAGAAUAAAAAUCUUAGAAUUCAGGUUUCUGAGACAUGCACAGGCCCUAUGCUACAGGCUAAAAUGGAUGAGAUUGGCAACCAUUACAUGGAAAUGCUAAAAAACUUAAGAAUGGAGAAAGACAGAGAGAUCUGUAAGCUAAGGACUCAAUUAAAUCAGUAUCAAAAAGAUGUUUCAAGAAGAGAAGGAAGUUGCAGUGAUUUCCAGUUCAAGAUUCAUGAACUGACAAGCUUGCUGGAAGAGAAGGAUUCCCUUAUAAAGCGUCAGUCAGAGGAACUCUCGAAGUUGAGACAAGAGAUUUAUUCAUCUCAUAACCAAUCCUCCAGUGGUGGAAGGACUACAAUUACUACUACUAAAAAGUACAGGACACAAUAUCCAAUCCUAGGACUCCUGUAUGAUGACUAUGAAUAUAUACCACCAGGUAGCGACACACAGACAAUUGUAAUUGAGAAAACAGAAGACAAAUGGACCUCUCCAUGA